CGUGCUGAAAAUCCACACUAGGGAUGCAGCGACUAACUGGACGUCAAAAACGUCAGCCUCUCUGCUCCUAUGAUGCUGCUUGGCCUGCUGUGUUCAUCCAGCCCUGCACCUUGUUGUCCCGGCUUAGGGUCGGCCGUUUUCUUUUUUAAAAUCAGUUAACGUCCUAAUUGAGGGUGCAUUUAAGUUGCAAGGCGGCAACAACGCCGAUGGGUGAGCAAAACCGAGAAGCAAUUCGUCAGUCAGCACACGCAUUGACUCUGGAUUGUGAAACGUCUGUGCUAAAGCAACCCGAGUAUUUAUAAACAUCUUGGAAAGUGGUCCUAUCCCCAGGGAAUCAGGUGUGAGGGCUUCCUCAGAUUUUCGCUUAAAAUUCGCAAAAACAGUCUAGAAUGAGCCUGAGUAUGUAGGGCACGAAAUCGCAUAUUGGUAAACAUUUAAUCGAUUUCAUUGUGGGACUUAAUAACUGCUCUGUAAUAAUUUUAAAGAAAAUCAGGUCGAUUUAAAGUGGGACUUGCAUCAGAUGCGUUAGAAAUUGGCAGACCAUUCGAUUCUGUUUACGUCAGUUGGAUAUUUUAGGGGAAAAAAAGGCUGUUUUUAUUUAUUUAAUUAAUCCUUUGAGGAUUCGAAAUGUAAUUGGAAUAAAAAAUACAAACGUAAUAUUGGUGUGCAUUGAGAAUAUGCGAGUCGAUGCAGACGGCGAGGAAAUUCACGGAUGGGGUAUUAUCGUGUUCCCAAGGUCCACUGAUUUUAAAUAGUUAUCUUUCUUUUGGAACUGAGAUAUAACAAUCCAAGCUUUGAUGCCGCCCCCAUUGAAACAGUGCGAAUACAGUCAGAUUACGACGCAGAGCUCGUCUCCCAUGGAGUCUCCUAAAAAGAAGAAAAUUCCGCGGAAGAAAUGGGAGAUUUUCCCAGGAAGAAAUAAAUUUCAUUGCGAUGGCAGGAUCAUGAUGGCCAGGCAAACUGGGGUCUUCUAUCUGACACUUGUCUUGAUUGUGGUCACCAGUGGACUUUUCUUUGUAUUCGACUGUCCAUUCCUAGCAGUUACCAUCACACCUGUGAUACCAGCGAUUGCAGGAGUUUUGUUCUUUUUUGUGAUGGGGACGUUGCUCCGUACAAGCUUCAGUGAUCCAGGAGUUCUACCUCGGGCUACGCAAGAUGAAGCAGCCGACCUGGAAAGACAGAUAGAUAUCGCCAAUGGUUCAGGUUCAGGAGGAGGUUAUCGACCUCCCCCCAGAACAAAAGAGGUGAUAAUUAAUGGGCAGACAGUCAAGUUAAAGUACUGUUUUACCUGUAAAAUCUUCCGGCCACCACGUGCCUCCCACUGUAGCCUUUGUGAUAAUUGUGUAGAGCGAUUUGAUCACCACUGUCCCUGGGUAGGCAACUGUGUGGGAAAAAGGAACUACAGAUUUUUUUACAUGUUUAUUUUGUCACUGUCAUUUCUGACAGUCUUCAUCUUCGCUUUCGUCAUCACACAUGUCAUUCUCCGUUCUCAGAAGACAGGAUUUCUAAAUGCACUAAAAGACAGUCCUGCAAGCGUGCUGGAAGCAGUUGUUUGUUUCUUCUCUGUUUGGUCAAUUCUUGGCCUGUCAGGAUUUCACACCUACCUAAUCAGCUCAAAUCAGACUACAAAUGAAGAUAUUAAAGGAUCCUGGUCAAACAAAAGAAGCAAAGACAAUUACAAUCCAUAUAGCUAUGGAAAUAUCUUCACAAAUUGUUGUGCAGCUCUAUGUGGGCCAUUGCCACCGAGUUUAAUUGAUCGAAGAGGAGCGAUCCAGUCAGAUACACCACAGUCAGUUGCGCCACCAAAUGGAAUCACCACAUAUGGGGCCACACAAUCUCAGAGCAACAUGGUAGGAUCCAUGCCAUAGUGUUGCUCACUGAGAUCCUGUCAUUGUUUAUUUCCGCCAUCCUUUUCCAUCUGUUUCAGUAGUACAUUUCACCAAUCCUAGAAAAAACAAGUUUAGUAAGAACAGCCGUCCCAAGCCACUGUGACUAAAGAGGUGUCCUGCACACGAGAAGAGCCUUAUUGCUUCACAGAAAUGUCAGUUUGACUAAAAAAUACUGAAGAAUGGAGGAUGUGAAUGUCAUGGAGUCUUUCUAGUCACUCAGAGAAUGAAGAAAUGUGACCAGAUGCCAAUCAGUCCAGGCAUAAAAAGUAUUGAAUUUUUUCCAGCAUUUAGUUUUAGUACAGUUUGAGGUCAGUUUCAGCUGUGUAAAACUGUUUUGUACAUUUAGGAAAAAAGGAUGGCCUGCAUCUGAGCCUAAAUACAAUAUGAGAGAGAGAGAAUAUGAAAUGCAACUUGCAUCUUGAAGAAGGGUCAGAGCUAUAUUUUAGACAGAUCCAUAGGCUGCCACUUUUGCACCUGGAUACAUUUUAGUAGUUGAACUUAAUUGUUUUGAGUCUCCAUAGUUUAUGUUUGGCUUUAAAUUACAUCGAAUUUACAUUAUAUAGCAACACAGAAGCAAACCAUUUAGCCUCACUGGUUUGUGUUGGUGUUUACAUUCCAAGAAAAACCUUCUGUCCUCCUGAUUCACCCAACACUGUGUGCAAAUCCUUCUAUUUCUUUCUACUGCGCAUACUCAUCUAACUUCCCCUUUCAGCCACCUAUGUGAUUCAUGUCAACUGCUCGAAGGGGAAGUAAUUUCUGCACUGCAACGGCCAUUUACUGGAUGAAAAUUUUUGUUUUUAUCGAGAUUACUACUGGAUUUAUUAAUGAUCUUUUAGGUAUUGCUCCACGUUUUGAGCAUUCCCAUUAAUGGAGAAAUAUCAUCUUUACCUCAAAACUGUAAAACCCGUCAUAAUUUCAAAGAUUUCUUUUGAGUCAUUCAUUAGUGUUCUCCUUACUUCAGUUAACAGCUUCAGCCUGUGUAUUUUAGCUCCUAAUUAUUAUAAUGUCUCAAUUCUAGUGUUAGCAUUGUAAAUUUUUCGUCUCUGUUUCACUGCCUGUAUAUCUUUCUUAAUACAGAGACCAGAAAUGCAUAAAUUAUUCCAAAUACAGUCUAACCAAGGCCCUGUAGAAGUUUAAUAUAACUGAUUUUCAGUUCCAUCCAUCCCUCUAGAAAUUAAUCCUAGUGCUUUAUUAGCAUUUUUUAUGACUGAACUUGUUUUGAUACAUUUAAUGAUUUGUCAUUAUGUACUUUAAUUCUUUUGCUGCACCUCUACACAAUUUAAGUUUGUAUUUUUUCAAAGUAAAUCGCCUCUUUAUUCUUGCUAUUAAAAUGUAGCACCUCACAUUUUUCAUAUUGAAACCAAUUUGCCAUUUAUUGCUAAUCUGAGUCUAUUCAUGUCGCCUUGUAUUUUGUUGAAAUUUUCUGCACUAUUAUCUAUGCCUCAGUUUGGUGCCAUCACAAAUUUUGAAAGUGCACUUCUGACUCUAAACCAUUUACAUACUGUUUAACACCUUCCACUGGUGUGCUUAAUUACCUUUGACCCCUACGCUGUUCUGCCUUUUAGCUUGCUCUCCAUCUGCUAUUUAUCCCCUGACUCCAUGUGUGCUGAAUGUAAUAAUGAGUUUAUUAUGAAAUAAAUAUGUCAUCAAAGAGCUUUUUGGAAAUUCAAGUGUACUGCCAUAACCCUUGCAUAUUGAUUCUGUUACUUCAAGUAAAUCAAUAAGAUUGGUCAACUAGCAUGACCUUUCCUUUUGAUCUCCAAGUUGAAAAUUCUUUUUAGAUUUUAGCUUGUACAUGUUUUUAUUAUCGUAGAAAGGCACAGUACAGAAUGAGGCCGUUUGACCAUUCGUGGGUGUUUGGAAAAAUGGUGCAAUUAGUCCCACUCCCCUGUUUUUCGUCACUAGCCUGCAAGUACUUCUUGUUUCAAGUAUGAAUUCCCUUUUGACAGUUGCAUUGAAUCUUUUUCCAUCAUUUUUGAAGACAGCAUGUUCUAGACUUUAAAAACUUGCUGUAAUAAAAUAUCCCAUCUGGUUCUUUACCAAUCAUUUCUGUCAGAUGUAUUAUGACAACAUUCAUCAUUUUUUGCUUUUCUAAUUAACACUCUCCCAUCUAUCUGCCCCGCCAAACUGCCUCCACCCUAAAAGAGAACAGCCCUGUCUUCUCAAGUUUCCCUUGUAACUCUCCAUGUUCUUCCUAAUAUGCCAUGCACAGAACUGGACAUUUUACACCAGUUGAGGGACUUAACAGUUGAUUUAUGCAAGUUUACAUUUUCUUUUUAAUUGCACAUCCAGUUAAUUUAGAAAAACUUCAAGCCACAGGAAGUAUUAUAAAUUACUCUUAAUCUUAAAUCUUUUAAAUCUGGGUACUGAAUUAUUAGAAGACUUUGUUAGUUAGCACAAUAAUUUUGGAUAUUUGAUUUAUGUUCUCACCAUGUCUGCCCCAUUCGAAUGAAAAUUUUCACCUACCUUAUAUUUCAGGGAUCAAAGACCUUUCAAUAUGAUUGCAAAUUUCUUUACAAAUUAAGGCUUUGUAUGAAUUCCAUUUCUUCUACAUGAGCAGGUCUUUCACAAACGGUCUGCAAAAUUACAUUGCUGCAUUCUUGUUUUUCUACAACUAAUGAUGUUUAGAACAGUGUUGUUUUAUUUCACUUGACAUGGUUAUUGUCUGUCUUGCAGCAUUCUAUACAAGGCUAUCGCUGAACUCUAAUAUAAAUCUAUGUAAGACAUUUUCAUUUAAAAGGCAAACUUAAUCCAGUUCAGUUAUCAGGCAGCUAUGGAACACUUUUGGAGAAUUAUCAGUGUCUGGGUAGCAGAAGGAAUAUUUAGAGGGUAGAGUCCAAUUUCAACUUGAUCAGUAUUUGAGCACUUUUCAUGCUGUCAGAAAAUCUUAAGUCAUUCGUUACAUGGGACUCUUUAGUCUCUGAGAUGGGAAUAUCUCUCAGCAGGGAAUCUAUGUUUAGACCAAAAAUCCUUUUGGCUAAUUUGAAACAGCAUUACCUAUAGGGAAAUUACCAAGAAAGAUUGUCUAUCCUACGAACUAAAGGAAAACUGAUCAGAGGAAAGUAGAGGUGCAGUUUAUUUACUAUAUGUAUAUAUUUUUGAUACAGAAUAAAUUGUGAAUAUACUAGGAAGGUAGAAAAAUAGAGAAGCUAGUUGUGCAGUGUCAUGUUAACAUGUAAAAGAGAAAUAUGUGUUUUGAGUUUUGCAUUUUGCAGUGGCUUUAAUGACCUCAGCAUAUCCUAAAGUGCUUUGCAAUCAAUGAAAUACUUUUGAUCUAUUUUCACUAUUGUAAUGAUGGAAACGUGGCUGUUAAUCUGUGCACAAAAUGUUCCUACAAACAGCAAUGUGCCGAGAACCAGAUAAUCUGUUUUAGUGGCGAUGAUUGUAAUGAAAAACACCUCACAAGUUUUUGUUGGGUACUUUUUAAAAAAACAAGUUUAAACUGUAUUCAUUGCUGCAUGUGGUAAUUUUUAUUUUGCUGUGAAAAUAGCUUAAAACCAAAUUGUCACUUGAA